CUUGUCAGUAUCUUUUCUAGAUUGUUACACCUCCGGGAUUUCAGUUGGGAGCUCUGCCGUCAUGAACAAGUGACUCCUGUUCCGGGUCCGUUUGGAGAUUAGCCGAAGUCAACGUGGAUAAGCUGCAGAAGGCAAGUUGCGGACGGGCGCGUGGAGAGGUAGGAGAUAGUCGAAAGAUUGUUCUUGAGCCACCGGUCUUCUGUCCUCGACGACUCCGAACAAGGAUGCCAUCGCCUUCAUUCGCGUGAUGAUGCUUCAUCUUGCGCUGCCACCGAUGACGAUUUUGUGAACGACAGCGGUCCAAUAUGGCAAGGAAAUCCUUACUCAUACAUGGAGAGCCAGGCAGUAGCUUAGAACUUGGAUGAUAGAUACUGCCCCCACCUGGGUUUUCAUAAGAAAUUUCUUACUUAUGGUAAUGAUCAGUGGUCUUUGCGUCGUAGUUUCAUUUCCUUCCUGCAUCGAAGGCGCUUGUCCAGUAGACAAAGGAGGCGCCUUUCGAUAACUAUGCGAACAUGGAGGCUGCAGAAAAGCAGCAGGCCCUGGAUUCGAUCGAGGAUGUCCGACGAACGUUACAGGUGACAUUGUCGCCAGAUAACGCUAAGCAGACGACAUGUCUACAGCUGCCUGGCGUGUCGGGGGCCGCGGCUACCGGAGGCGAUGAUGUCCCACCACCUAGUCCCGCACAUUCGGCUGUGUAAGUCCUUAAGCCCUAUCUUGUCGUGUAAGCAGCGUGCUUUGCGUUGCGCAAUCAUGACUGGUCUCUUGCAUACUUUCAGGCAGUUUGCUCAGUAAUUUACUAUCACUUGAUGGAGUCAUCGACCACUCUCGUAGGCUCGGGAACUGAGAAAAAGUUUAAGUUUGGUUUUUAGAUUUGAGUUUAGGUCUCAUCCGUCUCAUCCUCUUGCCUUCAGACCGCCUAUUGCUGAUUAUUUGGGAGCAGCAAGCCGAAACUCCUCUGGCCACGGAGAUGGAUCGAAGAGCGAGUCACCGACUG